AUGGUUUGGAUGGCUCCACAUAAACUUAAACCAGAUUCCAGUGUUUUAGUAAAUGCCUCAACUUCUUUGCCAGCAUUAGCCCUGGCUUUACAGAAAAUAUACAAACAACAAGUAUUACCGAACAAUUCUGUGAGUGUGACCUAUUUAGACUCUGGGUGUACCAGUAAACAGAGUAUUGGGAUACUAACUGACUACCUGACACACCACCAUGCUGAUGUUAUAAUAGGACCACCUUGUACUGAAGCCAUGGUACCGGUUGCAGAGCUAGCAUCAUACAAAAACAUACCAGUGUUUAGUUGGUUAGCAAAUGAUGAAAAUUUCGACAACAAAGACAAGGCGACGACAUUAAUUCGUGUUAUUCAUCCGCUGUCGCAGCUAGGAGGAAACGUUGGAUUAUUUCUCAGUGAAAUGAACUGGCAUCGUUUAGUUAUGAUAGCAACUUCAGCAUCAGAGAGUAUUGCCUAUGCAAAUUCAUUAGAAUCUACAAUCGAUUCUUGGUCUAUCCUUGGUUUCAAUCUGGUGAAUCGUUAUGAAGUGGCUCCUAUCGUUGAUGUUAAAACCCUUGAUGAAAAGUUCCAAGCAAUUAAGUAUGAAGCUAGAAUUAUUAUUUUGGUGAUUUCGGAUGAUGAACUGCGGAAGUAUAUGAUUCGUGCUGAUAAAUUGGGAAUGUCUGAUGGAGACUAUCAGUUUAUUUAUGUCAAAAUAACUAUGCCAUCGACCAAUGACAUACAACGCCUGGAAAGUACUGGACUAUGGGAAAAUGGUGAUUUAGACGAUGAUGAUGCAAGGAGAGGAUUCGAAAAUUUGUUAUAUGUAAUAUUAGGUGAUAUCAGGGAUGUUGGACAAUCGUGGAUGGUUGAAGCCAAGUCUGCAGCUAGGUCAUUAUUUGGUAAUGACAUAAGUAUGCCUGAUCCUGCUGAGCCUGAUCCGUAUUCCAUUUUCUUGCAUGACUGCGUAAUGUUGUAUGGUUUAACUCUAAACUCAACUGGUGGCAAUGUAACUGCUGUUAAUGGAACCAUCAUCAGGAACGCUGCUAUCUCAGUCUCAUUUCAUGGUUUGUCUGGGCAGGUAUUGAUUAGUAAAUUUGCAGACAGAUUGCCCUAUACGACCAUUUACGAUCUGAACAGAACUGGAAUGUUUUCACUAGUUGCUUACCAAUACUAUACAAAGAAUAAUGAUUCUACAAAACCGAUAAAAACAGAGAGACAUGUGGCAGACGCUGAUGACAUACGUUGGGGAAACGGUUUGACCAGUAGUACUGUUAUACCUUCAGACACACCUGUUUGUGGAUUUUAUAAUGAAUUUUGUCCUUUAAAGAGUAGGUGA